CAUGCAUUAAUGCUCGCCAUCUCGCCAACAAUAAUCAUCGAAAGUCUUCCUGACAUUAACUUACUACAUAAUUCAUGAGCGGCUUACUCUGUUUAUAAAAUGGUUGACUUGAAAUACACUUGAUUUUCUUCAUUGGUGUACCGGAACAGUAAAAUGUCGUUCUCAGGUCUUUCAGUGUCAAUUAUUGUUAUUUCAUCGGUUCUAUUCAUCCCUUUCCUUGUUAAACAUGUUAAUGGAACUGUAAAUUACUUGAAUCCGACAACUGAAUACCUACUAAAACCUACCCAACUAGCUGAUGGGUCUGUUGCUUAUGAAGUUUCAAGUACCUCCUCCCGCAAGCCAAGGCCGGCCAAGAAAGAAAAAGCAACAGCAAAUAAUUACAGACCUAAUUCAUCAAGUGGUUCUGCCAAUGUCGCGACGCCAAGCGUCGUCCGCUCCUCCCUCCAGGCACAGGCCACACCCCUAUCUGCCUCCUCAUCUCCACCCUCCGCGCAGAAGACGUACACACUACCUUCCCUAUUAACAGACGAGCUAUACACUGACACAGACAACUUUGUGUGGCCAGUUAAACUGCCAUCCAAGCGACCAAAGCCAACUACGUCCAAUGGACUUCCUCUCCGUCUGCCCUCAACUUUGCCUCCUGCAGUAAUUGCAGAUAACACAACACCGACUGCGCCUGCCACUGUAAGUGGUUCCUCUUCACCUACGACCUCUGGGACAUCUGCAAGUACCAGUUCCUCUUCACCAGUUCCAACUGGAACCGGCUCUGUAACAGAUGUAACAGGAACAACUGGUCCAAUAGCACAAACUGUAUCAGAUGUAACAGGAACAACUGGUCCAAUAGCACAAACUGUAUCAGAUGUAACAGGAACAACUGGUCCAAUAGCACAAACUGUAUCAGAUGUAACAGGCACUGGAACUGACUCUGUAGCAACUACUGUAUCAGAUGUAACAGGAACAACUGGCUCUUUAGCACCAAUUCUAUCAGAUUUAACAGGAACAACUGGUCCAAUAGCACAAACUGUAUCAGAUGUAACAGGUACUGGAACUGACUUUGUAGCACCAACUGCAUCAGAAGUAGCUUCUCCAACUGGAACUGCUCCUUCUGGUUCUAUUCCAUCGACUUCAGUUCCUGAUACACCUUCUCAAUUGUCUGAAUCAUCUCCAGAUCCCAUCCAAUCUCCUGCUUUACUUCCAUCGACUUCAACUCCUGAUACAUCUUCUCAAUUGCCUGAUCUGUCUUCAGAUCCUAUUCAAUCUCCUGCUUUAACAGUGAUCUCGACAACUGAUACCCUCCCUACUAGACUUCCUUCUACAAUCCCUUAGAAUAAUCUGGGUAACAUUGAACUCACUGUAAUAAUUACUCAUGUAAAAUAUCUUCCUUUUUCAAUUUAUCUACAUGGAUAGGGGAAGUUGAUAGGAAGCUAUUGAAUGUGUACUCAAAUUAAGUAAAGAAAUGUUCAAUGAGUGUAAAGAUAAGUUGUUUUCCAAUCAACAAUAAAAAACAUCAUGUUAUUUUCCAAAUAUGAUUUGUAAUGAUUUAUUUCCAAUUUUAAUUCAAUAAACGUUUCAAUGAACUAUUAUUUAAUAUUGUCGAAGCGACCAAAAUAUCUCCAAAGUUUUUGAGGGAAAAUGAAAUGGAAAUUUUUGUCAAGGUGAUUAAGGGUCACCGACAAUUUUUAACAUUUUUUAUAAAGAAGAUUAUUAAAGGAAUUCUUACCCAAGAAGUACGCUCAGUUGGUAUUCAAUUCGAAUGAUUUCAGUCACUGUUACUAGAAGUAAGUACCGGUAGGUAGCUACUGGAAUAUUCCUGAUAUGUUCCUGUUAUUUGUUGAACCUUGACUAAGAACGUUCUUAAGGAUAGUUCAUUAAGUUAAGAUGUUCAAUAAGUUAGAUUCACUAGAGGAGGACGUAAAAUGAUAUUGCGACAUUUAAAAUAGUUUUUACUAAUUUGUAUUCAAUGUCAUCAACAGAGUGAAUUGCAUAUUCAUGUCACUCCCCACAUUUCCACAUAAAUGGAGAGAAAAUUCCAUUUAAUUUAUUAGUUCUACAUAACUGUUGCUAGCUGGCGUACGUAACUGGCAUAGAGAAAAUUUUCAGGGCUGUUUAUAGUGAUAGGUUUAAAAUGACUUUAAUAUUCCAUUAUUUUGUGGCAUUGCUUAUCCUUAUGGCGCUAUAAGCUAGUUAGAUUAAUUAACUUCCCUAAAAUCCUCCCUAAUGGGAGGUAACGUGGUUACAUAUUGACAUAGUGAUCACGAGGAAUUACAAAAUAAUUAGGUUAAGUUCAGUAUGUAGGCCUACUUUAUCCAUAUUACGUUGGAAAAGCAGAUUCAAAGCAGUUUCUUGUUCAUUUAGUGUUUUGAAUUAUAGUGGGCUACUUACUAUACAGUCGAUUUUUCACGCUCAUCAAGGGGAGAUUUUUGUUCCAAUAGGGAAUAUUCUGUGUUCUGUGAUCGAGUGAUCCUAUAACCAGGAGUCAGCUUUCAAUUUAAUGAUCCGACCAUUAUGUCUUCGCAAAGCAAUCCAUAUUCACUAAUAAGGUCCUUCAACCUUUUGAGACACCCUAUUUCUAGUUCUCGGGUUUUAUCCCUUCUACUCACAUUCUUCAAAAAAUAUGUUUCAACGCAAUUUAUUAUUGAUCUACUGCUCUAUUGUAACAUUCAUAGACAUUUCUACAUCAAUUCUCAUCAUAGUUUUCAGAAUUAUGCCAUGGAUUUACAAAACAUCCGUUCUGAGGAAUGUUGAUUUUAUUGCAAUGGCUUUCGGAGAACUCCUUAUUUCCACUGCCGCUUUAAUAUAGAAAAACACAUAGAUUCGUUGACUUUUUCAAGAAAUGGGAGUUUUGAAACAGAGUAUGAGAAUCUAACAGGAAAACAAUUGAAAACAUUGGACUACAGAAAAGUUUUAAUAGUUGCAUUGAUUACUUCGGUUGUUAUUAUUUUAGUUAUUGCUACCUAUACCUAAUUGAUAUAGAUUUUGAUCAGACGGUAAUUGAAAUCGUGGUAAUGAACUUGGACAUGCUUCUCUAUAUUAUGCACUACCUGACAAGUGUCUACACAGAAAUAAUAUGGAAUAUGAUGACAAUUGCUCUGAAAAACACGGCUCGUCAACUAAUGAACGACUAUGCUAGUGAAGAAUGCGCAAAUUCAGAAACAAGUGAUUUCACUAGAGAUGGAUGUGAUCUUUCAAAUUACAGAACUAGUGAGGAAAGUUCUGACUCCGUCUCAAAGAAACAGCAUUACCGGUACCUAUGGAUGAAAUUGUCCACUCUACAGUACAGGUUUUCCAGUGUUUUUUCCUCAAUCUAUGGAUAUCAAUUGGCAUUCAACUUCUUGCUUUUUCUAUUUCUGGGAUUUGGGUGGACAGGGGCAAUCUACCGGUAUGUAGCACUCAAGAACCUCGACAGUGGUGAGGUGUUGCAGCUGCUGGGACUGUGUGUUGAAAUUGGACAGUGUUUUGUCUGGAUUUUUGUUGGAUCCACCACAGCUGACACAGCACAGAGAGCGAUGGACAUAGAAAUGAAAAAGAAAUUGUUGGAAAUGAUCAGGAG